GGAUCGAGGAGCUGAUCGGCUGACUGCUCCGGUACCGCCAUGAUCAUCCCUGUGCGCUGUUUCACGUGCGGCAAGAUUGUCGGCAACAAGUGGGAGGCCUACCUGGGGCUGCUGCAGGCCGAGUACACCGAGGGGGAUGCCCUGGAUGCGCUGGGCCUGAAGCGCUACUGCUGCCGCCGCAUGCUGCUGGCCCACGUGGACCUGAUCGAGAAGCUGCUCAACUACGCACCCCUGGAGAAGUAAUGUGGGCCCAACAGACAGCAUCCUGCCCACAGCUCGUCCCCCCUGGUGUGGGGACCUGGAAGCCAUGCCUGCCCACAGCCCUGUCAGCUUGCAUCUCCCUCUCUGGAAAGAACCAUCCGAUAAAGGUUUUUGAGGGCUACCUGGAGGUCCUAAGAGUUG